UUUUAUAUCUUGCUCUCCAAUCCAAGCAAGUUUCAUAUCAGUAUGAUCCCCCUUCCUAGCUUAUACUGACCAAAACUUCAUUCCAAGACGAGAAAAAACCAGGGCUUGGCAUGGGGGAUCAUGGGUGGUUGCUGGGCUUCUUGCUGAAUUUUUUGUUGUGGGGUUCAGCCCUUGUGCCCAUCCAUGGCAUGCCGCCGCCGUCACCGGUGCAGUGCAACAGCAGUGCUGGUUGCAUCCUAAGAAACUCCUACGGCGCGUGGGGAGAUCGAAAGGAUUGUCGGGUUCUGAGCAUUGCGUACCCUGAAACUGAAGAGGAGAUGAGGCUGGCAGUGGCGCAGGCUAAUCAGAAGAAGCAGAAGGUGAAAGUUGUUAGCGGGUUUUCACAUACGAUACCGAAACUGGCUUGUCCUGGGAAGGAAUAUUAUUCUGGAAAUGCAGUAUUAAUAAGCACAGCCAAGUUGAAAUCCACCAUUGAAAUUGAUACCGCCGAGAUGGUUGUGACUGCAGACUCCGGGGUGGGGCUCCGGGAUCUGAUCAAUAGAGUGGAAGCGGCUGGGCUGAGCCUGGUGGCGGCGCCUUAUUGGGAGGGGUUAAGUGUUGGUGGGCUGAUUAGUACUGGGGCUCAUGGGAGCUCAUGGUGGGGGAAAGGUGGGGCGGUUCAUGAUCAUGUUGUUGGCCUCAGUCUUGUGGUUCCUGCUAAAGAAUCCGAAGGAUUCGCCAAGAUUAUCAGAUUGGAAGCUCAAGAUCCGCUUCUCAAUGCAGCAAAAGUUUCACUGGGAAUGUUGGGCGCCAUCUCUAAGGUGAAAUUGUCACUGGAGCCAAGAUUCAAAAGAAGCAUAACCAAUAACUUCACAGACGAUGCUGAUUUUGAAGAUGAAUUCAUGGACCAUGCAAAGAAACAUGAAUUUGCAGACAUAACAUGGUAUCCAUCAAGACGCACAGCUGUGUACAGAUAUGAUGAUAGAGUUCCUCUGAACACAUCUGGUGAUGGAAUCAAUGACUUCCUGGGCUUUCAAUCCAAUUCUAUUCUGACCUCCAAAUUGCUUCGAGCAGCAGAGAAAGCACUGGAAAAUUCGCGAAGCGUGAGGGGAAAAUGUGCCACGGCAUCCACAGUUUUGGCUUAUAAGAGACUAGUGGCCAAUGGGUUGAAGAACAACAACCUAAUCUUCACAGGCUAUCCAGUGGUGGGUCAUCAAGGGAAGAUGCAGACCUCUGGUUCUUGCCUGUACUCGUCUUCAACUAGGACUGAUAUCACAUGUGCUUGGGAUCCAAGAAUCAACGGCCUGUUCUUCUAUGAGACAACGGCCAUAUUCCCAGCUACAAAAUUCGCUGAAUUCAUCCGUGAAGUUAAGACACUGAGAGAACUAAAAAUCGAUAACUUUUGUGGGGUGGAUAUGUAUAACGGGUUUUUGAUUCGUUUCAUCAAGGCUUCUGGGGCAUACUUAGGACAAGCCGAGGACUCUGUGGUAGUAGACUUCAACUAUUACCGCGCAGACAAUGCUUCAACUCCAAGACUGAACCAAGAUGUGUGGGAAGAAGUGGAGCAAAUGGCGUUCUUCAAGUAUGGGGCUAAGCCACAUUGGGCUAAGAAUAGGAACUUGGCAUUCUUGGGGGUGCAGAAAAAGUAUCCCAAUUUUAACAAGUUUGUUGCAGCCAAGAAACAACUUGAUCCUCAGAACAUUUUCUCUAGUGAUUGGUCUGAGGCUAUACUAUUUGGGAAAGAAGCAGAGAAAGGGGAUGGAUGCGCCUUGGAAGGACAAUGCAUAUGUUCAGGAGACCGCCAUUGCAGCCCGGAGAAAGGGUACUUCUGCAGAACUGGGGUUGUUUACAAGGAAGCUAGGGUCUGCAGGUACUCACCAUCUUCCAUAGCAUGGACAUUUUCUAAUUGAUUUUGCGUCAUAUGGAAGGUGAUCAAAUGUGCUGAUAGCUAGUGGUGCAACUGAGGUUAAUUUCAUCAGUCUCAAGUCAGUUUUGUGGACAAUAUGAAUGGUUAACAAUGAAGUUUUGAAUUCGUUUUAAAUAUUAA